GGAAAUAUCACAUGGGUGCGUAUCACGCGUUCUUGUAUCUUGUAUCUCGUCUCAAACGAUCUCCCUUCUGAAAGUUCUUCCCCCUGAAGCUUAUCAAAUAUUUGUAAUUGAAACGUGCCUACGUUUGUCGCUUCGAUGAUGACGUUGGCGUGGUUCUCGUCAGUUUUAUCGUACACUUUGUACAACCUUACUUAAAUCGCGACGCGCAUCUCUAGUGUCAUUGUCAUAGACGCGCCAAUGUUUCGGAAUACGCUGUCAGACUGUCAGCGUCAGCGACAGGAAUGACGGGAUAAGCGGGGAUAAGCGACGAUCCGAUCCGGACGAUCACGCUCGUCGCAAGACGGAUCUAUGUCGUUUUGGCUAUGUCAUAUUUGAUAAAUAAAAGAUGGGUUGCGUCCAUAGCAGAGCUACGCCCAACAUUUUUCAAGUAAUGAACAUAGACAACGAGGGUAACAUCACUUCUCCUGGACGUUUGGAAGUCACCGAAGAAGAUAUUAUAUUUUAUCAGCGUGACAAGCAGCCAAUUACAUGGCCAUUGCGCUUUUUACGUCAAUAUGGAUGGGACAUAGAACAUCAUGACGUCUUCAGUUUUGAGUCGGGCAGACGCUGCGUCACAGGUCCUGGUAUAUAUGCCUUUAAAUGUCAGAGAGCUGAAGAACUAUUUAAUCUUGUACAAUCAAAAAUUCAGGUUAAUAUAAAUCAAUACAACGUAUGCAACAACAGUGGAGAUGAUACGCUGUCCAGAGACCUUCCAAUCCCGUCAGAGCCUAACUAUUUGGAUCCAAUAUCAUCCAAUAUCAGAAGUAACACGCAUAAAAGCUCUAGAUUUCCUCAUAGCCAACAGAACGGAAGAUCAAGCAGUGUUGGAAGCAGUAGCAGCCCUAUAUCUCCCCAAGAAACCUUGGGAUCACCGUCACCACCCUCUAUGCUGCCACCACCGCCACCGCGUUCUCAGCCUCAUCCGUCCUCUCUUUACGUCAAUGAGCAAGUCUUGUCGUCUCACUCCAUUGAAAUGGAGCACAACAAUAAUAAAAGCCUUGGAAAAACAGUACAAAGAUCACCACAAAACGCUUCUACGCGUGAUAAUGUGGAAAAGGAUGGAUACCCAUUAAUGGAGGUGAUACCCAUUAAGGAUUACAGAGAAAUGACAAUUUAUGACCCGUCAACGUCACCGUUACCUACGACUACGGCGUUCUAUAUGAAUAUAGACAUAUGCAGCGACGCCAACCCAAUCUCGUCAACGCACAGUACUUUCGAGACGACGCAGCUCAAGGAAGAAAGUAACGACAUAGACGGAUCUGAACACGCAUACAUGAACAUAGGUCCUGGACAAGAUCCUGGACCGACGGAGACGUCCCGUGCCAUCAGGAUACGUCCACCUCCGUUGCCCGUCUUACAAUCGGAUAUGGAGGAAGACUUCAGACAUUUCUACGCUAAUCUAGAGGCGAGCGAAAUCGAAAGUCUGAGAAAGAGAUUCUCCAGCACCUCGGUAGCUGAGAGGUCACCCUUAGCACCCUCUACGCCGACAGGAUUCCCGAUUAGGGAUAUAGGGGUAAAUUAUGCAGUUUUGGAUCUAGAUAAGAAAGACUCACCCACCGGCGCAUCCAACAAUACGGUAAACAUUGCCCCCUCUCCACCCGAAUCUCCGAAUAAGCCACAAAAAGGCUACGCCACGAUAGACUUCAACAAAACGGCUGCUCUCUCGCACUCCGUUAAUCCCAACCUCGUGAACGAUAACGAAGGCUGCAGAAAAACUCGUCAUAACUCUACGAUAAGCGAUCUGGUAGCUCCGUGCAGGCACAAUUCAGUAAGUGAAUGAAUAAGCGAAUGGCAUAUUUUAUAUUAUAAUAGAUUACAUCGUAAUAUAUCGUAUAACGACGUUCGUAUAACGACUGUCUAUCGUGUUCUUUGCUGUAGAAAAAGAGAAAAAAAACACAAAAAAGUUGUGGAAGAUCGGAUUUAAUUUUAUCAUGAGCUUCUAAAACUCAUUAAAGUCGUUUGAUUACGCGUAAAACUUGCAAAGUUUCUUACAAAGUAUAUUGGAGACUACAUAGUAGUUGAUAUAUACCAUGAGAUAUUCUAGCGUAUGACGUUGUACAAGUUUUCAGUGCAUUUUAUCAGAAUAACAGUAUUCAUACACACAUACACAUACAUAGUAAGUCUUUUUUCCAAGUCAGACUAAGACAGCGUAGAGAAAAUGUUUUUAUAUGAGAAAGGUAUAGAUAAGUUUUUAGUAUUUCACGCAAGCAGAUUUUUUACAUUUAGCAUUUUACAAAGUAACAUGGAGGAAUUGGAAGCUAAAGUGCCCUAAUAUUUUUGUGUAAAUAUCUUAGAAUUUAAUGUGGCUCAAGUGAUCGUAAUGGACACACAAAGUAUGGUAUAAUAUAAAGAAAGUAUGAUAUAAGUUAUCGCUGAUAACGAGAAUCAUAUAGAGGUUUUUAAGUGAUUGCUGUCAUUUAUUAGUUAUUAUAUAUAUCAUGAAAAUUAAUAAUCACAAAGUGUAAAUUUAAUAUGAAUAUUUGUAUAACUGGAGUAAUCACUUAAAACAAGAUUGUGGAUGGCAUAUUCAUUUAGAUUUGAUAUGUGUGGCGUGAAUAAUUAAUAAUUAAUAAUAUUAAUUAAACAAAUGUGUUAAAGCAGCUGAUGCAGGACUUUGUUAAGUUCCAAAGAUUAUAUAUAUAUAUUUUCGUUCAUUUUGUGUACGUGCGUGUGUGUGUGUGUGUGUGUGUGUGUGUGUGUGAGUGUGAGUGUGAGUGAGUGUGUCAUAUGAAUUUUAUAUAUAUAUUAUUUAUCUACUAAAUAUUGUUGAUGCAUAUAUCAGCACAAUAUUAUUGAUUCAAAGACAACUUUUUUCCUUCGAAUAAUUCUUAAUCCAGUAAUAAAAUUACAAUACAUCCAAGAUGUAAAUAACCAGAAAUUUUUUUACGGAUAAGUUCAUGCACGUUGUUGUCUAGUAUAUUUAUAAUCGUUAUAAAAAAUUGGAUUUAAACCAAAUAUAUCACAUAUUUAUGUUACCAAGAAUAUAUA